GGUAGUUGGAGGUGAGGUAUCAGUAUGUAAGUUGUAAAGCAAAGUCACUCUAUCUUCGACGGGUGAACAUUGUCUCCUCUAACAGCCGUAAAGUGGAGGUCGUGGGUUAUCGUCACCGCGCGGUAUCAAAUUCCCGAACCGGCGAUCUUAUCCCUUCUCUCAUCCAGGAAAUGUUGAUCUUACUACAGCCCGCCCUCUCAGCCUCUUUGCCGCAUCGGUAUACAUGGUACUAGGGGGCAUCAUCCGAACCGUGCACGGGGAGCCCUACUACUCCCUUAUCCGUGUUAAUAUCCUAACCAAAGUCUUCGUGUUCGGCGGCAUAGCUUCCUUCUGCGUAUAGGGCGGCGGGACCGGCCUCAUGGCGCAAAGCGGACAAGUGGAUAACGGCGAAAAGAUUGUCGUCCGAGAGCUGCUUAUUCAGAUUAUCAUGUUCAGCCUCUUUAUCGUUACAGCUAUGACAUUCCAGACCAGAGAUCAAAAGGGCAAAAUAGAUGCUUCGGCGCACGACGCUACGGGCUGGAGGCCAGCAUGCUCAUGUUGUACAGCGUCAGCGCGCUUAUUAUGAUCCAGAGUAUCUUUCGAGUAGUCGAAUUCGCUGUAGGUCAGGACGGCUAUCUUCUUAGUUUAGUAACUAAUGGACAGUCUACGUCUUCGACUCGGGUUUGAUGCUGGUGGUUAUGGUUUUCGUCAUUGUGCGGUACCCAGAUAACCUCCAGCGUUCUGAGGCCGCCCACUGGUCAAAUUGGGACGGCAAUCUUGCGGGGCGAAAUCAGGAUGAGGCCUCGGCCUCCGACGUGACGAGGCUCGAUGACCCGAUUUAUCCGAUUUCCAAGUGAAAGGCGUUUCUUGGCCUUAUGUCGGUAUGGUACGUUUACAGC